AUGGAAAAUAAUGAAGAAGCUGAGUUGCUGUCUCCUCCUCCUCCUGAAGAUAAUCAUGAUAGUUCUUUGAAUAAUUCAAAUUUAUCUUCAUACCCAAAAACGAAGAUGUCUACCCAGAAUAAUUCCUCUCAUCAAUAUCCUGACUAUGGUGCAAUAAACCGUUCUGGUAAUGACGAUAACAGAAAUAUUGAUCACAAGACAAAUUCUACAAUUCCAAACGCAUUUCCUUACAUCUUUCCGACGAGUUCGAAUAAAAAUGUCAAUUCGAAAGCAGACAAUCUUUAUACUCCGCCACCUACCACUCCGAAUAAUAAUAAUUAUUAUAAUUCACCACGUGAUUCACAAGUACCAUCUUCAAAAUUAUCGAAAACUAAUAUCAUAAUUAUUAUAAUUAUUUGUCCUAUUGCUAUAUUCGUAAUUGCUCCGAUCAUAGCUCAAACUAUUGCUGACGGAUCUGAAAUUCAAUUUUAUGAUGUGAAAUUAGACAAUAUAAGUGAGGACAAUUUUUCGUUAACUGUUUCUGGUGAAGUUAGUGAAACUGGUUUUUUACCAGCAACAAUUUUCCUACCGGAUGGAGUAAAAAUCUUUUGGGAGGGAACAUUGUUAGGUACAAUGCCAUUGGAUCCUAUAACUACUCAAAGAUUCAAUGUAACCAAAAUUGAAACCACUAAAACAUUCACAAUAGCGAAUAAGACAGCAUUUGCGAUGUUCAGUAAACAUAUGUUAAAUAAUGAUGAAUUCACAUGGAAUUUAGAAAGUGAAACUUUAGUUAGAGCUGCCGGAUUGGAUUUAAGUGGAAUCAGAUUAUCUAAGAGUGUCACUAUGAAAGGAUUAAAAGAUGUGACCUUAAAUAAUUUUACUAUUCCAAACGUUCAUCCAGAUGGUGGUAUCGCAAUUGAAAUCAAUUCAUCUCUUUUUAAUCCUUCUUCAAUAAGUGUAAAACUUGGCGAUGCUUUCUUUGAUAUCAUCUAUAAUGAUCAAAUCGUCGGAAAAGUACAUUCCACCAAUUUCACUCUAUUAACAGGUUCGAAUAACCUCUCUUUAAAUGGUCGUCUCAUCAAACAGAAUUCUAUUGACGGUUUAUUAGCGGUCGGUGAUCUAUUUUCAAAAUUUAUUACUGGAAAAAAUUCAACUGUUGGCGUGUUAGCAAAAAAAGUUAAACCUAAUAAUGAUACACCACCAAUAUCUUGGUUACAAUCUGCUUUUGAGGGAACUUUCUUAACUGUGAUAUUACCUGGCAUGCAAAACGUGUCUAUCAUUCAUAGUGUCACACCAAAUUCUCUAGAUUUAGAGUUUAACGAGAUAAAUCAAUAUUCACCAUUAGCUGCUUCAUCAUCUUUAACAGUAAAUUUCAGUAUCCCAUUUAAUUUUCCAUUAAGUAUGAAACAAAUUUCCCAAAAUAUCACAAUUUUGGAUGGUACAAUUCCCUUAGCGACACUUAAUAUUGCUAAAACUGAAGCUACCGGAAAUACAACAACUGGGAUAAUAUCUUCAAGUUUCUCUUCAACACCAUUUAAUAUAAUUCCAGGUUCUGAAUCAAUAUUUAAUGAUUUCUCAAAACGACUUACUACCGAUUCAAAUGUUACAUUUACAAUGCAAGGUGUAGCAAAUUCAUUAUGUACGACACCUGUAGGAGAUAUCGAAAUUAAAGGAAUUAAUUUCACAGUAAAAUCUGAAUUAAAAGGUCUUCAAGGAUUAAAAGCCAAACCCACAAUUCUUAAUUUUUUAAAAAUAAUUGGUGGUACACCAGAUUAUAUUUCUAUUGAAUUAAAAGUAUCUUUGUUUAAUCCAUCAAAUGUACAAAUAUCGACUCCAUCAUCAGAUAUUUCAUUUGAUUUAAUCUUUCAACAAUUUAAAGUUGGUAAAGUCAUUAUACCCAAUUUCAAAAUUUCUCGAGGUGAUAAUCCGAAUUUAUUAGUGUUUGCACAAUUUUCUCCCAAAACUGAAGAAGAAAUUAAGGUGGGACGUGUAUUAUUGAAUAAAUUUUUGGAUGGAAAUCAAAUUGAUAUAAGUAUAAAUGGUAAUAAAAAUUCGACAAAUAUUGUACCAUUACAAAGUGCCAUGGAAUCUAUAAAUUUAAAUAUAAUAGUACCAGGUUUGAAUUCUUCGAAACCUAUUGUCACCAAAACGAGAUUUUCAAUAAAAUUGAAUACUGUAAUUAAUAAAAAAGCCAAAGCGGCAAUGGAUUUAUUUAAUCCGUUAGAUACGGAAUUAAAAAUACAAAAAAUAAAUGCAAACGUUUUUUCAAUUAAUAAUCAAACAGGAGAAGAUAAUGAAUUAAUUGGAAUAGUUGAUCAAGAUUUGGGAAGUGAGGUGAUUGUGAUUGGAAUUGGUGAAGAAAUCACUAGUAAAGAAUUUGAAUUAGAGUUGAAAUUAGGUUCAGCAGCGAUUAAGAGUUUAUUGGAGAGCUUGAAAGGUGAUCUCAAAGUUAAUGUAGAGUCAAUUAUCGGCAUAAAAGUUGGAGAAUAUCAAACUGAGGUGGAUUAUAGGCAAAACCAAGUGCCAGCAGUAUUAGGAAAUACUUCAUAA